UAUAUAUUUUCUCUGUUAUGAUUACAAAAAUCUUUUCUCAUGUAAUAUUUUAUAUGUGUGUGCAGGUGAGAGUCCGAUUUGUACGCCGCGGGCAAUGGGCAAAUUCUGCAGGUGCUGCAAAUGCAACGGGAGACUGUUGUGCAUGUGCCUGCUGCCUUUCAUGAUGACCAGCCACCUUCUGAUUUAUAUCAUGGUGACCAUAUUCGUCACCAUCUCCUACACGCCUCCAAAAAUAAUCAUCCACUACAUUGCCCCAGGGAUUUCUGCCAACUCCUCUGCACUGGCCUCUCACCCACUUGGCCCUUUCUGGAACCUUCGUCUGGAGGACAGCGCGCUGUGGAACCAGUUGCAGCAUGCUUGGGACCGUCACCACAAUCCAAUACUGCGAGGAAACACAACUGGGAUAAUGAGGAAGCCAAAAGUUAAGCCUUUAUCAGAAAUAGAAGACGAAUGCCUUUCUGACUGCAUGUCACACAAGUGUUCAGUCCCUCGUGUGCAGGAUUUAAACAGCUUGCCAGAACAAAUGAGGGCAUUUAUCUGGUCAAUGCACUGCCGGGAGUAUCCGCUCCUCAUCAAUCAGCCUGGUAUGUGUAGGAGGAAAAAUAGCAGCUUUGGUCUGGAUUCUCCCAUGCUCAUCAUGGCCAUCAAAUCUCAAGUGGGGAACUUUGAAAACAGGCAGGCCAUCCGUGAAACCUGGGGACACAGUGGUCUGGUGAAGGGGGAAUCAAAUAAGGAAGGCAAAUUAGUGCGCACAGUGUUUCUGCUUGGAAGGCAGGACUCUGGUACAGGUCCUCACCCAGACCUCAAAAACCUCCUGGAGCUUGAGAACCAGAAAUACGCGGAUAUCCUACAGUGGGAUUUCAGAGACACUUUCUUUAACUUGACCCUAAAGGACUUGCUGUUCUGGCAUUGGCUCCAGCAAUACUGCCCCACUGCCACGUUUGUGUUCAAAGGGGAUGAUGAUGUCUUUGUCCGAACAGGUGCCCUUCUGGAUUACCUGCACAAGCAAUGGGAGGAGCACAACCUCUGGAAAGCCUAUACAAAUGAAACUGACAUGGAUUUGUUUGUGGGGGAUGUGAUCUAUAAUGCAAUGCCAAACCGUGAGCCGUCCGCUAAAUACUACAUACCAGAAAGUUUCUACAAAGGCGUGUACCCACCGUACGCAGGAGGAGGAGGGGUAGUGUACUCUGGCUCACUUGCAUUACGAUUAAAAGCGAUGUCUGAGAGGGUCCGCCUUUUCCCGAUAGACGAUGUGUAUCUGGGCAUGUGCCUGCACAGACUCGGGCUCACUCCAAGCCACCACCCGGGUUUUCUAACAUUUGAUCUCCCAUCGACAAACAGGGACAAUCCCUGCUCUUACAAAUCUGUUCUGCUUGUUCACAGACGGAGUCCCAAGGAGAUGCUGACACUGUGGAGGCAGCUCCAGAACAUGCCAGGUCAAUGCUGAGGCUCAUUUGCCUGCCAAAUAGGAUUUAUUAAGCACAGGAUGAAUGCUGCCACCACACUCAUUUGGAAAGCUCAGGCUACACACUGUGACUGCAUCUUCAUGUCAAGCAGGUGGUACUCUAUGAAGGUCACAUGCAGUGUACCUUUCCUCCGAAGAGUUACAUAAGACUGAGGAGGAGACUGAUCUACCUCGGGGGUACUUUGAUUAUGAAGGCAUUUAUUUGUGUUUUCUCUUGUUUAAAUCAUAUUUUCAGCAGUUCCAACUAAGAGUCCAUUUCAAAGUGUUUCACAUCAACUUUGCAGAAUAAUUAAAAUGCAACUGAUCCUGAUGAAAUUUAUACAUUUUCAUGCAUAUCUUUUGUAACUUCAGUAAUCAUUUAUAGCAAUGCUUGACUUUGACAGUGGUUAUCAUUUAGCCAGGAAGGGUGUAAUGUAUAGAAGAAUUAUGUUAUCUGAUUUUGGAACAAUUACAAGUUUUUUUAACUGCACAAUAUGUUGCUGAUUUUAAAAGGGGCCUUGGAUUUUACAAAAUCAACACUCACUCACUUUUUUCAUUCAUGGUUACAGAAGACAAAACACCACAAUGAUUGAUUUAAAAAAAUAUCUGAUGAGGAUUUGAAGUCAUGGCAAAUGUGAUUGUGACUUACUCUGGCAAUGUUAUCCAACUAUUUAUUGAAAGACUCUAAAUUGGAAGUGAUAGUGGUGUUACUGGAGGUCUGUUGCUGUC